GAGAGAGAGAGAGGGAGGGUUCGGGGAACACAAGCAAACAUACUCACUUUAGUGACAAAUGUAUCACUUCUGAGUGAAAUGUUUAAUAGUCAAAAUGCCCCAUUAGACCACAUGAGUCGUGUGGGCGCGUGGGUGUGGGCUAUAUAAUCAUAUGGUUUAGACUGACACUCACUUCUACACACACUCAGGGGAAUUAACCAAGCGCUGGUUUGAACCACUGUGGAACAGUUUGUCAAGUCAAAGCUCUUCUUGCCGGUGUUGUGGGUCGAGCUCAGGAGCUGAUUCGGGAUCAUGGAGGAACUGGCCCGGGAGAGCAUCAGCCUGCUGGCCCGGUCCGCGUCUCAUGCGGACCCGCCGCGGCUCGGCUCGUUCGGCGCGGUGUUCAUCAUGCUGAAGUCUGCGCUGGGAGCCGGACUGCUCAACUUCCCCUGGGCCUUUCAAAAGGCGGGGGGAGUGACCACCGCCAUCAGCGUGGAGCUGGUUUCUCUGGUUUUCCUCAUCAGUGGUUUGGUGAUCCUUGGCUACGCCUCAUCGGUGAGCAGACAGAAGACAUAUCAGGACGUGGUGCGUGAGGUGUGUGGACGAGCUGUGGGUCAACUCUGUGAAGUCUGCUUCUGCUUCAACCUCUUCAUGAUCUGUGUUGCCUUCCUGGUGGUGGUGCAGGACCAGCUGGAGAAAUUGUGUAUUUCUUUAUACGAGACGAUGACUGGGUCCAGUGAGGGAGACAUGCCAUACCACUGGUACACCGACCAGCGAUUUGCCCUCUUCGUCAUGUGCCUUGUCAUCAUCCUACCUCUGUCCAUCCCAAAAGAAAUCGGCAUCCAGAAAUACACAAGUGUGUUGGGGACGCUGGCUGCUACGUAUCUGUGUGUGGCAGUGAUUGUCAAAUAUUACCUGAUGGAGAGCCACGCUGUUAUAAUAACUCCAGAGCACAGCCAAGGUGUCAGUUCAUGGGCUUCAAUGUUCAGUGUUGUUCCGACCAUUUGCUUUGGCUUCCAGUGCCAUGAAGCCUGUAUAGCAAUCUACAGCAGCAUGGAGAACCAGAAGCUCAUCCACUGGGUGGUCAUCUCUGUGCUCUCCAUGUUUUUCUGUUUACUCAUUUACACUCUAACUGGCGUGUACGGCUUCAUGACGUUCGGACGAGUAGUAGCUUCAGAUAUUUUGAUGUCAUAUCCAGGGAAUGAUGUGGUCAUGAUCAUUUCCAGAUUACUUUUUGGAAUAUCAAUUAUCACCAUCUAUCCUAUUAUUCUUCUUCUGGGCAGAUCUGUCAUCCUCAACUUGAUGCUGCGUUUUCAAAGACGUCGUCGAGGAAUAGUCACUCACUCGUUUGAGAGUCGCUGCAGAGUCGUUCUCACCAUCAUCUGGAUCACCAUCACUCUUCUCAUUGCCAUGUUUGUCCCCGACAUGGGUCAGGUCAUUAGUGUCAUCGGAGGAAUCAGCGCCUUCUUCAUCUUUAUUUUUCCAGGUCUUUGCUUAGUGUUCACAAUGCAAACUGAACCUGUGACCCCAAGAGUCAGGUUGAUUUUAACAGUAUGGGGAGUCAUAACCAUUGUAGUUGGAGCCUUCAUCUUUGGACAGAGCACAACUAUUGCCGUCAUGGAGCUUUUCCACAAAUUCUGAAUUUCACAUCAUCGCUACUAUCUGCAGCAGCUUCUUCACUGUGACUUGCACAACACAAAGUGAGAUUUUUAAAGGUGGUCUUUAGUUGUGUUUCUUAUCAAGGUCACCCAUGACCUGGAUAUAAAAUAUAUUUAUUCUGUGAGAAAGUAAAAUAUUUCCUUGUGUGUGAUGACAAUUUGUCAAAGAGAAAAAUGUCAAAAUGCAUUUUUAGGUUUUUAAUUGUUAAGUAUGUGCAUGUUUAUG